CCUGAGAACUAUAAAAAGGUGCGGGGUGAGCACGUGAUCCUCUUUCUUGCUCGAAUCCGCCAUCAUGGAUACAGGCCGUGUGCAGCCGAUCAAGCUUGCUCGGGUAACAAAAGUUCUUGGGAGAACUGGAUCUCAGGGACAGUGUACUCAGGUCCGUGUUGAGUUCAUGGAUGAUACCAAUCGCUCCAUCAUAAGAAAUGUAAAGGGCCCUGUUCGUGAGGGAGAUGUAUUGACCCUGUUGGAAUCUGAACGUGAAGCUAGAAGACUACGCUAGCAAUGCCUUAAACUUUCAUCGAUGGACCUUGCAGCAGCUUUGUAUCUUGGUUAAAAAUAAAAUUUACAAAAUGUU